ACAAGACAGCUUUCAAACCUGUUGACUUGCGGAAGGAUUCAUCUUAUCUUCUUCUUUUCCUCUUUUUUUCCUGCCCGUUCGUCAUACGAGAUAGACCAGGGUUAUUACGGAUGAUGUAAAAGCGUUUUUAGGCAGCAAUAAUACAUCGUUCCUUCGUUUCCUUUGAGCGCUUCCAAGGUUACAACAAAGAGAAGGGGGGAAGAAAUAUCCAACCCCCAGCAACAUCGAAACCUUGUGUAAUAACCGCUGCUGCUGCUGCCCGUCAGAAAAAGGCGCCAGGUAUCUCGGUUCAGGAAAUGCGUAUAGUCUACGGCCGGCGACCUCGCAUCUGUACCAAGACAUUUUAGCGGGAACACACAGUCUCCGAGACCCGAGUACCCGGAAACUCCAAUAAUCCUUUCCUAUUAGGCACUUUUGUCCUCACUUCUCAGCCUCUCACUUAUAACAAGGCCAACAAAACUCCGGCCCUGAUGCCCUCUCCCGGUCCCCAGAUUCUCACCUUUGCGCUCGAGAACUGGCCUCACAACGCCGGGCCUACAACCAGGGCUAGCAAGCCCAAGGUCCGGACGGGAUGCGUCACAUGCAAACGACGCAGGAUAAAAUGUGACGAGACGAAGCCGUCAUGUGAAAACUGCCUCAAGCGGCGGGUGGAAUGUGAGGGGUACAAACCCAAAUCACCAAACGCCUCCUCCUCCCUCGGCGCAGCCUCAUCAAAACAACUCAUCGCAACCUCCAACGGCAGCUCCUCCUUCUCCAUCGAGCCGGGCUACCAAAGCCUCGUCUUCACAACACAGCUGCAAAAGGACCACUUUGACCAAUGGCUCUCCUUCGCCGCAGACACCCUCGUCUUCCCCUCCCAGCUCAUCACCGAAACCAUCCCGCAAAUCGCCCGCUCCGACCUGGCCGUCCGCAACGCCGCCUUCGCCAUCGGCGCCGCCGCCCUCGGCAGCGGCACCCGCGAGGAGCGUCUCACGGGUAAGGGCCCGUACUUCGCCGACGCGCUGGAAUACUACAACCGCGCGCUGCAGCUGACCGUCAAGUCCCCGCCCACGGAGGAGACCUUCCCCAGCGUCCUCAUGACGUGUCUCCUCUUUGUAAUGUUCGAGGCCCUCCACGGCGACAGGAGGUCCGCACUGACGCACCUCAACCACGGGUACAACAUCCUCGACCAGUACGAGCGGCGCCGGGCCAAGAAGAUGAAGUCCCAGAAGCAGACGCAGGCGUCCCGCCGCGAUCCCCUCGUCAACGCCAUCGCCACAAACUUCCAGCGCCUGACUCUCCAGUCCUGGAGCCACAACGGAGACCACCCAAAGGAGACGGAGAAGCAGGUCCCCUGGUGUUGCCGCGGCCAAACCGCGCGCUACGCCGUCGAUGAGAUGCCCGACGCCUUCGACUCCCUCGACGAGGCGCACCGCUGGUGGGAAGUAACCCAACACCACGUCAUCCACCACGCGCCCCUCAUCAUCGGCUUCCGCGUCGAAGGGACGGGUAACAAAGCGCCGUCCUUCCCGCCCAACGUCAGCCUGCCCAUCAACCCGGAGCAAGUCAAGGCGCACGACCGCUACGUCGAAGCCUGGCGCCUGCGCUUCUCGCCCCUCCUCGAAGCGCAAGAAGCCAAAGAGGUGAAGUGCGACAGAGAGUACCUCAAGGCCCUGGGCCUGCGCAUCCACUCCACGUACCUCUCGAUCCCGAUCCUCACAGCAAACUACUGCGACACGGACAUCCUCGCCUCCAUGACACCCAGCUUCCGUCUCUACGUCGACCUCAGCGCACACUUCCUCGCCCUCCAACAGCGCCUGCUCAACGCCUCGGGCGAAAUGUUCACAAUGGACAGUAACAGCCCCACCUGGCCCCUCGGCGCGGCGACGAUGCUUUGCAUGGACGAGAGCGUGCGGGCCGAUGCGCUGCGGCUGUUUAGGGAGUACCCGCGGCGCGACGGGCUGUGGGAUACGCAGACGUGGCUGAGUAUGCUGGAGAGCUACAAGGAGGCGAACCAGACUAUCGUGAAACAGGUUGGCGAGCGGGAGUCGCAGCACAUGUUUGAUGUCGAGGUUGUCUAUGAGGAUAAGUCUGUGGUGUGGAUUAAGCAGGUGGAGGAUCCUACGAGUGUUAGUCCGGAUGAUUUGAAGUAUAGGAUUAAUCUCCCUUGAGGGGGGGUAAUGAAUGAGUUAAAUGAAUGCUGAGAUGUCAUGCGUGGUAUUGCAAUGCUUGACCAAAUAAUCGAUGGUCUGGGUGUGGUUCCGCCAUAUGAAAAUGCAUGUCAAGGCUGUAAAACUCGUAAGACUUGAACUCAUCGGGUGAGAAACUGACGGGAAUCGCCAUCGUGGGACAGAUAACAUUGACGCCUAAUUUACUAAGAAGUCCGUCGGCGUACUUAUAAAUACAACACGAGCUAGCCUAGGGUGCUGCGAAAUAUUCAAC